UAUAAAUAGCUUUGCUCAUGUCGUUCUUUUUUGCCUUUGCUCUUCUCUUGCCUUUGACCUCGUCGCCCUCGCUUGCAUUCUUCCUUUUGAGACGGACCAUAAUGUCUACAUACUCUUCAGACGAUUUUCCGAUGCCUACCGACCUGGAGAUAAAGUUGUUUGACGAUAUAAUGGACACGCUCGGGGCUGAAAACCGCCAUUUAUCAGAUGAUUUUCCAAUGCCGACAGAAGUUGAACUCGCCGCUUUUGACGAGCUCAUGAAUGGUAUUGGGGCCGUACUAGAUGCUGCUGGCCAGGAGAAUAUGUUGCCAAAGGUUAACGACGACCACGCGUCUAAAAAGAGGCCAUUGGAUUUUUCAUCCCCCCCCCCUGCUCGUCGCAAGAUGAGACGAGUCAGAGCCCUUUUGACCCCCUCUCCCCCUCCCACCGCUGUCACCGAUGGCUCGCUGGUGACGCGGGUCAGAGCCCUUUUGACUCCAUCUCCCCCUCCAACCGUUCUAGCCGACGUUUCUCCCAGUUCUUCCCAAAAAGCUGAUAUAUAUUAUGGAUGGGGCGAGUCUCCCCUAUGCAAUGAUCCUUCUUGCAGUGAUGGAGACGCUAGUGAAUACGCCUCUUCCCUUGCUGCACAUAUUGACAGUGUUGAUUCAGACUCGUAUAAAGAAGAUAAAGAUUACGAGUUUGAUGACUUUGUUGUUGCAGACGACGUAAUCCAAAUGCAAAGUCAGGUUUGCUUCCACGAAGAAGCGAUUGAAAAAUGGGAAGAGUCGCUUUUCGGGGAAGAGUUUAUACCCUCUGAUAGCCUGGAUGAGGGAGAGUCAGGGUCGGAUUUGGCCGAUGCAGAGGCAUGGGAGGACGACGAGUCGGAAGCGUGGGAGGAUGACAAGUCAGGGAGUUCUUUUCUGCAACAGGACAAGUAAUGAUAAUUGAAACAUGUGGGGGAGAGUUUUUUUUUCUUUUUUGGACCAUAAUAUAGCUGCCGGACGCUUUUACCUACUUUGUUACUUUGCCUUUUGUGCGCCGCGUCUCUCAGUCUUCAACUCUACAUGGUUUUUUUUAAUAUCCUCUCCUACGGCUAUAACUUUGUACGUUAGCAAAGCACUUGGUAUCAACGAUAGAUCCUCAC